UCAAGGCAUCCACGGCUCAAAGAAAGCAAGGCCCUCCCUCGCGAGAGCGAGGCACCUUUCCGCACACACCUCCGCGACCAUGGCUGCUCGCGUCUGCCAGGGCAGCCGCCUCGCGGUCUUUGUCCUCGUCGGCCUCGCCAGCCGCGCCACCGGCAGCGCCUUCCUCCGUCGCUCCGACCUGCAAGAGGCACUGCCUGGGAUCGGCUCGGACUUCGAGCGGGUCCUGCAGGCGGAGCUCGAGGAGGCCUUCUCGGCCAGCGGGCAGCAGUGGCGCGCCGCGGAGGGGCGCGCCGUGCACAUCAAGGAGGCGCUGCGCCCGACCUUCGUGUCCAUGCCGAAGAACGAGCACGGCAAGCUCGGCCACGCCGCCGUGCGCUACGUGCUCCAUCGCCUGUUCGUGUCGCGGCACGGCUGGUUCAUCCAGGGUCUGCAGCCCGACGGCGACGCUCGGGACUCCGCUAAUUCCUCUGGCAUCAUCCACGAUCAGGUGCCAGAGCGCGUGCAGGAGCUCUUCGAGAAGCGCCUGGGCGGACACGGACUGGGGCUCGACGAGAUCACGGUGCUGGCCGCGACGCUGGAGCACCUGGUGCACAGCGAGGUGUCGGGCCACGUCGCCUCGCUCUUCGAGCUGGGCGGCUUCAGCGCAGCAUCGGGGGUUAUCAGCACGGAAGCCGCGCAGAAGAUCAUCGACACGUACAUGGCUAUUUACCUCGUCGGAGGCAACGCGUCGAGCAUGUCGGCGGCCGAGGCGGCGCGCGCCCUCCGUGGCAUCCAGCGGGUGUACCCUUCGUGGGGCGAGACGCAGAAGUUCGUGCACGACAUCUUCGACGAGGUUGCCCCCGCGCGCGGCGCCGGGGCCACCCGCUUCGCCGACGUCGUCCGGGUUGCCGAGGAGGUCGGGGAGCGGUACGGGCGCUGGCAGGACAGCGAGUGCCGCGGCCUCAAGGACAAGCUGGCCCGCUACGGCGACCUGGCGACCGGGCGGGUCCGCCUCGCGGACUUCUACCGCGGCGCUGUGCACGAUGGGCACUACGAGUUCUCGGAGAGCAUCGCCUACCUGCGCGAGAUCGGUGCCCUCGACGAGUCCGAUGCCACCAAUCCCCGCGUGAUCGUCCCCAAUUACAUCAACGGCCCGUCGAACUGCGUCGCGUCCUCGAGCUACUACUCCGUGUGCUGCAUCAACGAGUGCGAGGGGCUACUGGGCCACCUCGAGGAGAGGCUCGGCGCGGCCGACGGCUCCCCUGCGGAAAUCGCUGCGCUGGUGACCUCGCUGCCCUCUGCCACACGGGCGGCUGGGCGCGACCUGUCGGCGCCGCUGGUGGACAGGCUGCAGGACGUGGCCGAGCACCACGGAGGCCGCGUGCCACUCCACGGCCGCCUCUUCGCCCAGUGGCUGCACCUGGCCUACCCCAUGGAGUGCCCGUUUCCGCACCUGGCGGGCACGGCGAACCCCGUGAAGGCAGCGGACUGGCGCAGGCAGACAGGCAGCAACGCCAUGGCGAGUCGCCGGGAGAUGGACCAGCACAUCCAGGACGCCCCCGAGGAGGCCGCGACGGGCCCCCAGGAGGAGGGCACCUGCGGCAUGUGGACGAUGACGGAGGAGCUGGUGGCCGGGGGGGCCUCCCCGGCUGCCGGCAAGAGGACCAGAAGCUGGGCCCGGGCAGCGAUCCAGGGCGCCAUGCUCCUGUCCGCGGCGGUGUCCAUGGGCCUCGCGGCCGUGCGGGCGGGCAGCGCUGCGCUGCCGCUGUCGAAGGGCAAGGUCGAGAAGUGCCUCGUGUGAGCACGCGGCCGCGGCGGGCACUCGAUAAAUACCUGAAGCGCGACCCUGGGCCGGCGUUCCGAUCGUGCGGCUCCAGCUCCCCUCCCUUCCCCUUUGCCUCUCUCUGUCUCGUCGUUGUCAUCGCCGCCCUCGUUCUUGUCCUCGUCCUCGUCGUCGCCCUCCUGCCCCUCCUUCCUUUCUCGCC